AUGUCUGCAGUGGAUCACGUUGCUGAAAAAGUCGAAAAGAAGUUAUCUGAGGCGGAUGCCAACUUGGCAAAGAACACACAUGGCCAUUUCUCUAUGGUUCGCAAUUUUUACCUGGCUGAUGUUAUUACCUUGAUGAAUGGUGUGUGUGGUGUUCAAUCCGUCUUAAGUUCCAUGCGUUACUUGACAUCCAACAAUGUUCGAGAUUUAUACACUGCCAUGUACCUCAUGCCUUUGGGUAUGCUGUUUGAUUUCAUGGAUGGCAGAGUUGCACGUUGGAGAAACAAUUCAUCCUUGUUGGGUCAAGAGCUUGAUAGUUUGGCUGAUCUAAUCUCAUUUGGAUUAGCUCCCGCUGCAUUGGCAUAUGCUGUUGGUAUGCGCACUUACUUGGAUACCAUUGCCUUGACCUACUUUGUCUGCUGUGGUAUUGCACGUCUUGCACGCUACAAUGCCACUGUAGCCCUGGCCCCUAAGGAUGCCACAGGCAAGGUUCACCAUUUCGAGGGAACUCCGAUUCCUACUUCCUUAUCAUUAGUGGCUUUGAUCGCUUAUUUCGUUGCAAAUGACAUGUAUUUGGAUACUUUGCCUGGACAAAUGAUCAAAAUCACAAGCGAUUGGGACAUUCAUCCUCUGGUUCUUGUGUAUGCCAUCAGUGGAACCCUCAUGAUCUCAAAGACUCUCCGUAUUCCAAAGCCUUAA